UAAAUAAAAUUUUUAUUGUUCCAAAAUGCAUAAUUAUCGAGGAGUUAGACCUUCUACUGCCAAAAUGAACACACUACCUCCAGAGACGGAAAAUCUGGAAGAGUACAUGUACGAUAUUUCAAAUUAAGGAUAGGAAAAUACUUUAUGAUCACCAAAAGGCUUGUGAGAAAGCAGGUAAAUAUUUGGAGGCUGAUUGUGCAAAAUAAAGAUUGAAGGAUCUCAAAGCUAAAUACGAAUCCAAAACCAAAAUAGAUAUAAGAGACAGGCACGAAUAAGAAGUUAAUUUAUAAUUCAUAAUUUAGAAAUAUGAACUAACUAAAUCACAUCAAGAAGAAAUGUAAAAUUUCAAUGCUUUUUGGGAUGAAAAAAUAUAAGAAUUUGAACAAGAUGCAUAGAAGCUUAAAAAUGAACUAUAACAAAAGUAAGAAGAUGAAAUGCAAUAAUUCCUUUAAGAUUUAGAGGGUUCUAUUCCAUAAACUCCAAAAGAUUCUGCAGAAUUAUUGAGUCUCAAAAAAACUGAGGAGUAAUUAGCAAGAUAAGAAGAGUACAAUAUUCACGUUAUAUUAGAUACUUGGAAGCACAUAAAAUACAAUCCAGAAUCGUAUAAAUUUCGAAAGAAGAGCAAGACAAGUGGACUUUAAUGAGGAAUAAUAAAAUUAAAAACCUCCUCCAAUAAUAAAAGAUCAAGCAAAAUAACGAAACCAAUGUGCUAAAUUAAAGAAUUGAAAAUGCGCAAGAAGAAUAAAGAAAAAUCAAAAAAGCAGAAGAAGAAAAGUAGACUCUAUAUUUAUAAUAGGUUGAUUUAAAAAUAUAUUAACGUGAAAAAAGAAUUAGAAGGGAAACAACUAUAAGAAUUGCAAAGAGUUGACAAAGACUUUAAGAAUACAACAUCUAAUUUUGUAGCUUCAAGAAUGUCCAAAAUGGCAUCUCAAUCAGGUUCCUAAAUGUAAAGCGAAGAUUGUAAACUAAAAAUUAUAUAUUCUAGAGUAAUUCAAAGGGAAAAAUUGAAUAUCAA